AUGCCAGUGAUCAAUAUCGAAGACCUCACAGAAAAGGACAAAUUGCAGAUGGAAGUUGAUCAGCUCAAGAAAGAAGUGACACUGGAAAGAAUGCUGGUGUCCAAAUGUUGUGAAGAAGUAAGAGAUUACGUUGAAAAAAGAUCUGGUGAAGAUCCCUUAGUACAGGGCAUUCCAGAGGACAAAAAUCCCUUCAAGGAGCUCAAAGGGGGCUGUGUAAUUUCAUGAAAACUUCUUGGAUUAUCUUGACUUUUAAUGAGAAUACUAAUUUGUUCUCAUAUAUAAUACUUUUAAGCAUGUACAUGAAUUCUUAAAUUUAUAAAUGUAAACUUUGAAUAAAAAUUGGGAUGUA